AGACCUUCUCUUCUUCUGGAUAUUGAUUUUGAUAAAAAUAAAAGAAGAUUUGGUGGGAAAACAUAGUUUAUUCAAAAUAUAUAAACAAUGUAGUGUUGGAGUUUGAUCAAAUUUACAGGGCAGCAGCUUCUGGAGACAGUGAGAGAGAGAGAGAGAGCUUUUUGAAUGUUGCCCAAAAUGAAUAUGUUCAUGGGCUUGCGUCUACUUGUGACAUUAUUGGGUUUAAUCACUUCAGCUUCAGCUUCAAACAUCACUACGAAAAUCGUUACCACUCUACCCGGUUACUCUGGAGAUCUUCCUUUCACAUUAGAAACCGGAUAUAUCGGCGUAGGUGACAAUGAAGAAGUGCAGCUAUUUUACGUUUUUGUCGAGUCUGAGAGAAGCCCUGCACAAGAUCCACUUGUGUUACGAUUUGGUGCAGGUCCGGGUUGCUCUGGUCUCCACGGCUUUUUCUUUGAGAGUGGUCCAUUAUCCUUCAAUUCUGCACAUUACAACGGGAGCCUACCAACACUUGAGGACAACCCUUAUUCAUGGACAAAGGGACUCAACAUCAUAUUCUUGGAUGCACCAGUUGGUACUGGAUUCUCCUAUUCAACAACCCAAGAUGGUUACUAUGUGGAUGAAUAUAAAUAUGCGGCACAAGGCUAUGAAUUCCUCCAGAAGUGGCUGGAGGCACACCCUGCAUAUGUGGAAAAUCUACUCUACAUUAGUGGUGAAUCUUUCAGUGGCUUAAUAGUUCCGAUGGUUGUACAAAAGAUAGUAGAUGGUAACGAAAAUGGAAGUGUGCCUCUAAUGAAUAUCAAGGGAUAUCUGCUUCAGAACCCAGUAACGGAUUCAGUUAUUGAUGGUAAUGCAGUAAUCCCUUACGCCCACCGGCUGACUCUUGUAUCUGAUCAACUUUAUAAGGCGGCUAAAACAAGUUGCAAUGGUGAAUACGUGAAUGUAAAUUCAAGCAAUGCCGCAUGCAUUGCUGAUAUCGAUGCUAUUGAUCAGCUCAUCAAGGAUAUAAAUAAGAACAGUAUCUUGGAACCAGACUGUACUACUUCAUUGCCAAGAUCAAAGAAGAUAAGCACAGCUCGAAGAUAUCUCAAAGAGUUGUCCAAAGGUUUACUGAGUUCACCAACCAACGGUCCCGCACUUUGGUGUCGGGAGUAUAAUUACAUGCUCCUAUACAUCUGGGCAAACACUAAAGCUGUCCGAGAUGCUCUUGGUGUCCGAAUGGGCACAAAAUUGUUAUGGAAACCAUGUAAUACCACAUUGACGGGUUACACUCAUGAAGUCAAUAGUUCUCUCAGUUAUCAUCUCAAUCUCACAAAAAGGGCUGACCUACGUGCUUUGAUAUACAGUGGUGACCAUGACAUGUCUGUUCCUCAUAUUGGUACACAAGCAUGGAUAAAUAUACUGAAUUUGACUGUGGAUGAGUACUGGAGGACAUGGUCCCUUGAUGGACAAACUAAAGGAUACACGAAGAAGUUAAUAAAUAAUUUUUUCACCUUGGUAUUUGCUACUGUGAAGGGAGCAGGCCACCUUGCCGCAGAGUACCAGCCAAAGGAAGUUGCUAUCUUGAUUGAUAGAUGGAUGGCUUACUACCCUCUUUAACUACAAUGAAUUGUAGAAGUUGUAAUUUUGGUAAUUCGACCUCGUAUAUGCAAGUUUGUAUUAAUUGACGACUUUAUGGUCUUGUUCUUAUAUAUGUAGCAGAAAUAAAGGAACUUCAAAAUGGAAAAUUUGGAAAGUUUCAAUUUCA